UUCUUUGUUUAAUAUUUUCCCGUCUCCCCAUCUCAUCAUCACUGCUUGUUUUACAUCCACGACGACACUCUUUCUCGACGUUAUCUCACUAGCAACAAUCUAGGCCUUCCAUUUGCAGGGUGGUACAUAUGUAGUAUACGAGCUGUUCCGGUCAUCACACAUCACGAAAAAAUGUAUGCACAAUAACUUCUACGACAUGUAUGCAUUAUUAUGCUUUAUCCAUCGAACUCUUUCUUGCAUGUGUUUCGGCAACACAGAACAGGUGCUGUACGAUGUAUCAAGGCCCGACGCGACCAAGCCCAAGAACACGUCGAGCGACCAUACUACGACUCAGAGCCACCGUCACUACGCUCUCGCAGGUCACUCGAGGGGACUCGACAUUCGCUCAACAUGCUACAUAAACUCGUUCUGUUGUACACGCUCUCAUCCUUGGUCUUAUCGGGUUGGGCACAGUUUCAAUUCUUCGAGCACAUGUUCGGUCAACCCAUGCAUCAGCAGCAGAGGUCCUCGGGAUCUCCUAGCCCGGGACAGUGGAUGGCACACGCGGAAUAGCGUACCAUGCUCGCAGUAUCUAUGUCCUAACAGCCUCAUUUGCGUCUCAAAUCCGGCGGACUGCCCUUGUCCUGAUCUCGAGGACAUCAAAUGCGUAGUCCCUGACGCAAAGGCCAAACAAAGGGGUACUGUUGUGUGCACACGCGGAGCCAGCGAUUGCAAGCAGGUCGAGCGAUUAGCUUCUAAGCUCGCAUGAAGCGCAGACCCGGGUGCCCUGGUGACCAGGCUCCUGGGCGGCGAUCGCUGAGCAACUUUAGCCCUUUCAGGCACCUCGAGCUCGC